CAGCUCCCCUCGCCCUCACCGAUGGAUGCACCAGGACUCGAGGUGCCGCAGGGAUUUCUUGUACAGCCGCAGCACCUUCUGCUGGUGCGUCAGGUAGGCGGCCAUGGCGCCCGGCUCCGCGGGCCCUCCCCUCCGCGCGGGGGAUGCCGGGAGGGCGGCGCGGCCCCGCCCGCGCUGCCGCCGCCGAGCGCGCCCGGAGCCGCCAUGAGCCGCGCCAAGUUCAUCGAUAUUGGUAUUAACCUGACAGAUCCUAUGUUCAGAGGAGUCUACAGGGGAACACAGAAACAUCAAGAUGACUUUCUGGAUGUAAUAGAGAGAGCAGUCAAAGUUGGCAUUAAAAAGUUUUUGAUUACAGGUGGGAGUCUAGAAGAUAGUAAAGAUGCAUUGCAGCUGGCACAGACAAAUGACAUGUUUUUCAGUACAGUUGGCUGUCACCCUACUCGCUGUGGAGAAUUUGAGCAGAGUAGCCCUGAACAGUAUUUAUCUGAAUUAAAAAAUCUGAUUGAAAAAAAUAGGACAAAGGUAGUAGCAGUUGGAGAAUGUGGCUUAGAUUUCGAUAGAUUAGAAUUUUGCCCAAAGGACAUCCAACUCAAGUAUUUUGAAAAACAAUUUGAUUUGUCAGAACAGAUGCAGUUGCCCAUGUUUCUGCACUGUAGAAACUCACAUGCUGAAUUUUUAGACAUAAUGCGAAGAAACAGAGAUAGAGUUGUAGGAGGGGUGGUACAUUCUUUUGAUGGCACAAAGGAACAAGCAGCAGCUCUAAUAGAUUUGGAUCUUUAUAUUGGAAUAAAUGGCUGUUCACUGAAAACAGAAGCCAACUUGGAAACACUGAAAUCAAUUCCUAGUGAACGAUUAAUGAUAGAGACUGAUGCACCUUGGUGUGGAGUGAAAAAUACUCAUGCUGGAUCAAAAUAUGUUAAAACUACAUUUCCUACAAAAAAGAAAUGGGAAAAAGGGUACUGCUUGAAGGACAGAAAUGAACCCUGCCAUAUAAUAACUAUUCCCCUUGGAAGCUAUUUUUUUAAAAGUUUAGCCACAAGAGACUUUCCUCCUUCAGCAGUUUCACAUACACAGUUGUUACAGUAACAUACAGCCUUCUACUGCAUCCAAGUGAGGAGAGAUAAUCAAAUACUGGAAAUAAUGGCAGCAGUAAGAGAAGAUGACCCGCUUGAGUUGGCCAAUACUCUAUAUAACAACACCAUUAAAGUCUUCUUUCCAAAUAUGUAAAGCUGUUUUUCUUACAUUUAUUCAGCAUAACUUCAGUAAAGGUAUUGCAAAAAUUUAAAAAUUGUCAUUCCUGCAAGUUCUAAUCAGUGGAAGCCAAUGUGUAGUGGGUUUGGGGUUUUUAUGGUACAAGAUUAAAGCUGCUUUUGAAAA